CGCACCCAGCAGGCCAGUGCGUGUGCUGAGGAUGGGGUGCUGCAGGAGGAUCGCCGUGCUGGUGGGUGACAUUGGGUGGUUAGGUGUUGUGGGCUCGCGCUGUCCCUCAUUCCUUCGUGCUUCCGCGCUGCAAAAAGUACCCCUCUGAACUCGCCUUGCGGUGCUGGGCAACUCAACGAGCAAACUCGGAGUUUUGUUGCUCUCUCAUCAUGGAUUUGAAACCACGAGGUGUGCUCAGUGAAGGACUUGAGCUCAUACAUCUGCAAAACCUGCAGCCAGGGCUCUGGCAGCCGUGCAGAGAAUCUCGCUCCGGGUGUUAUUACCCUGGCUGUCCGCACAGCGCAACGUUCCUUGUCCCGGGCGACAGGGGGACCGAUGGCAUCCCGGUACCGCAGGCUUGCCAGGUCACAGGCUGGGGUGUUAGCACAAGCUGCGUUCGCUGGGGAUUUAAAUGUCAGGGCCACACUGGACUGCUGAGGCAGGGGAUGUGCUGUGGGCUGCCGGUACUGCUGUGGGCAGCAGCAAACUCCAGCAGGCGAGGGGUAACAUCUCAGCCCCCCGUCGCAGUCUGCUCGAUGAACUCGACCAAGGGGAAAUUUUGUGACUGGCUCUGCUUGGUCUUGCUUGUAUUAGUGGGUGAGGCCACACAGCUGUGUGUGACCCGGCACCAAGAAUUGUUCACGUGGGUUUGACAUUUCUGGUGCAAGUGCAAAGCUGAGUUUAUAACUGAAUCUGCCCGAGUCUCUGUACCUUUUACAUACGCAAUCCGUGUUGACGGAACACUAAUAUGUAUGAAGCAUUUAAGAAGUAGGGGUCAAGUGUGGUUAAGUUUGCUUUCAUGAUCUUAGUUUGCUUCGUUGCAUUUAGUUAUGAGGUGGGGGUCUGAGUUCUUGCUUUCAACUCAAGGUGAGACCUGCUCAGGUGACAUGUAGGGAAUGAACUUUUCUUGACCGCAGCAUCUUGUAGGAAUUGGAAGGUGUGAUGCAAAUGGGUUGGGAUUGCAGGGGAAAAGAAGGGCAACUUUCACCUAAGGCUACCCUGGAUCCAUGCAGUGGUCUAAUGACAUAAGCUGACUGAAAACUUGUGCAACACACUGAUGGGUAACUAUAGGCCGAGGAUUAGAUCUCACUUACCAGCUGGUGUCAAAAACCUGUCCCUUGAUGAUCUCUCGUAAGCACUGUGUUUUCCAGCAAAAUGCAGAAGGGCAGUGGACUGUCAAGGAUAACAAGAGUCUAAAUGGAGUCUGGCUUAACAAACAGCGCCUGGAUCCCUCAAAAGCUUAUCCUAUCACUGAGGGAGACCGUAUCCAGUUGGGAGUGCCUUUGGAAAACAAAGAGGCUGCUGAAUAUGAGUAUGAAGUAAUUAAAGAGGAAUUGGAGAAAAUCAGACCCUUUUUAGCCCAAAGGAAUGACCUGGGGAAAGCUAAGAGUUCAAGAACUAAACGUAAGUUUAGUUUGGAGGAAUCAGAGACAUCUGGGUCAGAAGGCCCUUCAAACUCCAGAUCUAAAAGAGACAGAGUGUCCUGUGACAAUGAACCUUUGAGUAAAUCAUGUGGAAGGGUAGAAGAGGCCAAACAGUUAACAGAGAAGAUGGAUGUCAAGCUCCCUUCUCCUGGACCAAGUGAGGAGGAUAAUGGUCCAGUGCGUAGUAGCCCUGUGUGCUCUGAGAAAGCUGUGUCUGUCCCUCCUAAGGACCAGAAGGGCUCUGGUCUUGCACAGUCAUGGACUGGUUUGGAAAUGCUGAGGAAAACUCUGGUAGAUAUAAUGAAGCUAAAGGUCAAAGUGCAGGAGAAGCAGACAGCGGUUCUGAAUGUGAAGCAGAGGCGCAGGAAGUGUGCUCAGAAGGAGAUCCUGGUGAUGGAGCAGGAGCUGCGGGAGUUGCAGGACCAGCUGUGCAUGGAACAAGAGCAUCAUCAGCAGCAGGUGGAAGAGCUGGAGAGGAUGUUCUCUAAAGAGCAGCAGCAGCUAGAGGGAGUAAAGUGGCAACACGGGGAAGAGAAUCUGAAGGAGCAGCUGGCCCAGGUCCUGCAAGAGCAUCAUGCUUUGAUGGAAGAACUGAGCCGUAGUAAAAAAGACUUUGAGGAGAUAAUUCGAGCCAAGAAUAAAGAGCUGGAAGAAACCAAGGAGGAGAAGGAAAAGGUGAGAGCCCAAAAAGAAGAGGUGUUGAAUCAGAUGAAUGAUGUGUUGGAGAAUGAGUUGCAGUGCACAAUCUGUUCUGAGCACUUUAUCGAGGCGGUCACUCUGAACUGUGCACACAGCUUCUGCUCCUACUGUAUCAAUGAGUGGACGAAACGUAAAGUGGAGUGCCCUAUCUGCAGGCAGGAGAUCAAAUCAAAGACGCGCUCUCUGGUGCUGGAUAACUGCAUUGACAGGAUGGUAGAAAAACUGGAUGUAGAAAUGAAAGAGCAUCGCCUGACCCUUAUCAGAGAGCGGAAAGAGAAACAGAAUGUGUUGGUGAAACCAGCCACAGACAAUGACAGCUGUGCCAUUUCUUCCAUCUACUCCAUCUUGUCAAUGAGCAGUUGUCACAAUGAGGACUCUGAGGAGGAUUCUUACUACAAUGAAAGCUACUAAAGCUACUAAAAGCUUAUCUAAACACUGUUACUGCAGACUCGUUUGUCUGUGUGCUGCCCAGAACCAACCUGAUGGCGUUUGGUUGACUCCUGCUGGAUGAGUGGACUGGACGCCUGGAAGGAGAGACUCUGUGAAGAAGCCGGAGCUGAGAACUAGCAGCAUUUGGAAGAAGGACCUUAUUUUUUAAAUGAAUGUACAGAAGCUUGAUCUUCAAAACAAAAUCGGGAUUGUGAGAGAACAAACUGCCGUUAUGCUAGAUGGUUGACAUACAAAACCUAGGCUUCCAUGAUCGCUUGUGACCGGCUCGGUGUAAUGUAACAGUUUGUAGGUGUCGCUGCCCUUUCCUUAGUGAAUGACAUGUUUAAAUGUGUACAUCAGCUUCCCUUAUUUCAGGCAGCAGAGGGAGUGGCCCAAGUUAUUUGAGAACUUUGCCAUCCCCACCAGCAGGCAGGAGAGGUACGUCAGGAAAAAGUGCCAACGUGGGUUUUCCUCUUGAAUUUCGUAUGGCAGCUAGAGUCAUCCCAGGCCUCUGGCAGUAAAGGUAACAAAGGGUGGGUUGUGGACCCUCUCAGCCUUAAGUGCUUAAAUGCAUUGUAAGCUGGGCUGCUGGCCAUCUAUUUGCUCUGUUGAUGUUACUCAUUUUCUGUUAGAUAGGGAUGGAGAAGAUUAUAUCUUCCAGAACUCCUUAGCUAGUACUCUUUUCAUACAGUAUCUUUGCUUUGUUCCUUCUUCAGGCUUUUGCAUAAAGGGUUUUAGGAUUGGGAAACCAGUGCAUCCAGAAGUUACUAGCAACAACUUCAGAAAUACAUGUAGUUCUUGUCAGCACCAGAGAGGAGCUUCUGCCUCUUCAGCAGCGCUGCCCUCUGAAUUGGUGAAAUGUCCUGUUGGCAGGGUAGGAAAGCAGCGUCUGUGGGCAGCCACAAGGCACAGAAGGAUGCAGUUAGUUUUAUUGUUUACAAAACACUGCUGUUGAGCCGUGGGUUGUACUACCCUCACAGCAAAUCACUCGUCCCCGAGAGACUGAGCAAGUCUUGCCUCAUCCUUUCAUGAAUUUGUCUAUGAAGUUCCACUUUCAGUGGCAUUUGCUUCUGACUUAGUUGUUACAUGGAAGGGACUGUAUUACGCUGAGAAGAGGAUGGGAGAAGCCCUUCUCACCUGUAAUAUUUCUUUGGCUAUUUGUAUGUGCUUUCUUGUUUCUAUGUUUAUUUCAUUUAAGAAGGAAAAUAUAAAUCCCUUUCUGCAUUAGUCUUCCUUGGUGCAGCUGCUGAGAUGAAUGUCUCUCUCCUAAUUGUCUUAGAUUCUUUUGAGAAAACAGACUCUCAUUUUAAUGACUUUGCUUCAUGUUUUGAUUGCUGUAAGCAGUGUGACUAUUUUAAAGUUAUUUGAAAGACGUGUAUUCAGGAAUUGGUAAAAGACAACCCAACUCUUCAAGCCUGUGGCUACCCCGACAGUAAUUUAGUAGAUACAAUCAUACCGCUUAUCUUCUUCCACUAAAGAACGAUCCCAUUAAAAAGGCGCAUGAAUGAUGAUGCUCUCCUAAGGAAGUAGUGCAUUCUGACAGAUUUGAUUGGUAGGACUUAAACAGGGGAGGUAGGUCUGAUCUGUGGGCCAGGCAACUUUCUUAAAAUCUUAGUGUAAGGUUUCUUUUUUGAAGGAGUCAUUACAUCUCGAGUUUUCCCCUUUUCAUGUUAAUUCUCUAUAUAGGCUCUUGAAAGUUUCUUUUAUAAAUAUAUGCUCUCUAGGAUGUCUGAGAGAAAAGGGUUCCUCAAAAUGCUUGUGAAAUAGGCUGACACUGGAACAGGC